GAGGAGGCGGUGCCAACCCCGCCCCUCCGUGGCCGCCAUCUUCUGGAGGAGGAGCCCCAGCCGAGGAGGCAGGAAGCCCCGCCCCCCAGCCCGCCCGCCUGCCUGCACAGGCCCCGGAAGCGGCGGAGGAGGAGGAGGAGGCGCCGCCGCGCGCAACAGUUGCAGAUGGCUAAAGGCUAGCAAGGGGUAUUGAGGAAGACCACAAUGGCUCAGAUUCCCACAACCCUUAACAGAGGCCCAAACAUUUGGGCCAUCACCUCUGAAGAAAGAACAAAGCAUGACAAGCAGUUUGAUAACCUUAAGCCAGUUGGAGGAUUCGUCACAGGUGACCAAGCUAGGACCUUUUUUUUACAAUCCGGUCUGCCUCCGCAGGUCUUGGCUGAAAUAUGGGCUCUUUCAGACCUGAACAAGGAUGGAAAAAUGGAUCAACAGGAAUUCUCCAUCGCGAUGAAACUCAUCAAGUUAAGACUGCAAGGCCAACCCCUGCCUGUGAUUCUCCCUCCUGUUAUGAAGCAGCUGCCAGUAUCCUCUCCCCUGACAUCUGCUCGCUUUGGCAUGGGCAGCCUGCCAAAUCUGUCUUUGCCACCUUCUGCCCCAACAAGGACACCUCUGGCUCCCAUGCCUUUUCCUUUGAUGACGUCCAUCCCACCCUUGAUUGUUUCCACCCCGAUGAUGCCUUCUUCCAGCACCACCUCGUUGCCAAAUGGAAUAUCCAGCCUCCUGCAGCCAUUGCCUAUGUCAUACUCUUCAACUUUGCCUCAUUCGAGUUCUCCUAGUCCCGUGACAGGAGGGUUUGGUGGCUCCAGUAUCCAGAAGACACAGUCCCUGAUAGACUUAGCAUCUAGUAGUUCAAAUUCUUCUUCUACCACAUCACUAACUGGGAAUUCACCAAAGAAUAAACCUUCUGAUUGGGCCGUCCCUCAGGCUUCCAGAUUAAAGUACCGGCAGAAAUUUAACAGCCUUGAUAAAGGAAUGAGUGGAUACCUGUCAGGUUUUCAAGCCAAAAAUGCCCUCCUGCAAUCAAAUCUUUCUCAGACUCAGUUAGCUACCAUUUGGUCGCUCGCAGACGUGGACAGGGACGGCCAGCUGAGGGCAGAAGAGUUCAUACUCGCGAUGCAUUUGACUGAUAUGGCCAGAGCUGGGCAGCCUCUCCCCUUAACUCUGCCUCCGGAGCUGGUGCCACCUUCCUUCAGAGGUGGACAGUAUGUUGAAAAUACAAAUGGUACUCUGCAAACGUAUCAGAGAAUGCAGGAUGAAGAACCCCAAAAAACAUUUCCAGUUACUUUUGAGGAUAAGAGGAAAGCGAACUACGAGCGAGGCAACAUGGAGCUGGAGAAGCGUCGGCAGGUGCUCCUGGAGCAGCAGCAGCGAGAGGCAGAGCGCAAAGCUCAGAGAGAAAGAGAAGAAACGGAGCGGAGGGAGCGGGAGCUGCAGGAGCAGGAGCGGAAGAAGCGGCUGGAGCUGGAGAGGCAGCGGGAGAAACAGCGGGAAAUGGAAAGGCAACGGGAAGAAGAGAGGAGGAAAGAAAUCGAAAGGCGGGAGGCAGCAAAACAAGAACUUGAGCGCCAGCGGCGUCUGGAGUGGGAAAGAAUUAAGCGUCAGGAUCUUCUUAAUCAACGUAAUCGAGAACAAGAAGAAAUUGUUAAGCUGACCUCUAAGAAAAAGAGCCUUAAUCUUGAACUGGAUGCGCUGAAUGACAAGCACCAGCAGAUCUCUGGGAGGCUGCAAGACGUUCGAAACAGGAAGCACAUUCAGAAGACUGAGCUAGAUGCUUUGGACAAGAAAUGUGACGUGGGAAUUAUGGAAAUCAAGCAGCUGCAGCAAGAGCUUCAGGAAUAUCAGAACAAUCUGCUUCUCCUAAUUCCAGAAAAACAGCAACUAAGUGAGAGGAUAAAUCACGUGCACCUGGGCAACUCGCCGAACACAGAACUUAACUCGCUGCAGAAGAAGUCUUCGGAAAAGGAGGAAUUGUGUCAAAGAUUUAGGGAACAGCUAGAUGCCCUCGAGAAAGAAACGGCUUCUAAGCUCUCUGAAAUGGACAGUUUUAAUGCCCAGCUCAAGGUACAAUUUCACUGCAGCCUGGGAACUGUGAGGCAGGACGCUGUCGGGUUGUCUGCUCUGCCUGGGAAAGGUUUUUCCCCUUUCAUUCAGAUCUGUGUACUACAAUGGGCCCUGAUCCACGGCAACCCUGAGACGUUGAUGGAAUGGAUCAGAUGGGCAGCUCAGAUCCGGCAAGUGGAGCAGUCGGAAGACUGGUGGAACUGCGCCCAACGCCAGCCGCUCCGGACACCAGAGAAGGUCAUGGACAAUGAGAAGAGACAAGAGGGGCCCUCCGAAUCCACUCGCACCCGCUGUUGCCGCUUGGGCCUGUGCCUGCACUGUGGAGAAGGCGGCCGCCUCAUCACGUCUUGCCCUGGUCAUCACACCCCAGCAGCUGCUUCUGGACCCAAGGGUCCACAGCGCCCGGGAACCCCCACGAAAGGUUCCCAACGGUCCCACCCUGCCACAGCUGGAGCUGCCCUUAACCUGGCUGCCCGAGCUGGGGACUGGAGUGACUCUGAGGCGUUGGACGCCCGGGACUACAGUGCACCAACCCAGACCCGUGUCGAGGCCCUCAUUGACUCAGGUUGCUCGAGGUGCCUGAUCCACCCUGAUUUGGUGGCGGUAUUAGAACUUGGACUUGUUAAACUGAAACAGCCGCUCUGGUUUGAGCAGAUGAACGGUACUGUACUGGGGGGGCCCUUUCCACCCACAAGUCGGAGCCGGUGGUCGUACCAUUUGCGGGGCACAAGUGCGACCGCCUGCCACCCCACCACAACACCGACUGCUCAAUCGAACUGGUCCUGGGGGCCCAACUUCCCAAGCGAGCUGGCAGCGCUGCGGGAAUUGGUCGACAAGAACUUGGCAAGAGGCUUCAUUAGAACUUCCAAGUCUCACAAUGGGCCCCCUCUCCUUUUCCACAAGAAGAAGGACGGCUCCCUCUGCCUCUGUAUGGACUACAUAGGCCUGAAUGCUGUGUCCCUGAACAAUAAAUACCCCCUUCCCUUGAUCAAAAACUUGUUGGGACACCUCUCCAACUGCAAGGUGUUCGCCAAACUGGAUUUGCAGGAGGCGUAUUUUCAGAUCUGCAUUGCUGAGGGACAGGAACACCUCACUGCUUUCAAUAUCCUUCUAGGCCAGUUUGAGUACCUCGUUAUGCCAUUUGGCCUCAGCGGGGCCCCCGGGGUGUUCCUGAACAUCAUCAACGAGGUCCUCCAUGACCUGCUGUUUAAGGGAGUUGUUGUUUAUUUAGACGAUGUGUUGAUCUAUUCUGAGAACGUCCAGGCGCACAUCAAACUGGUUCAGGAGUGGGCGAUCGGGCGUAUCUUUCCACCAAAAACUUACGGGGGGCUCCCAGGGACCAGGAAACUGGGUGCCAAGUUUAUCAGGCCCUUUUGCAUCUCCCGUGUGGUCAAUCCGUGUUCCCCUAUCUUUUCUUUAAGAAAAGCAAAACGAGAAAAGGAAAACUUGUGGCAAGAGAAUAUUCGGAGGGAGGAAGAAGAGAGAAGAAAGCGACUGCAGGAAGAACGGUUGCAGGAAAAAAUCCACGAGGAGAAGCAGAAAGCGGGCGAGGCCGUUGCCCAAGAGGAGGAAGCCCAGCCGCAAAAACCAGCGGAGGAAAAGAAGACCCGGCCAGCGGAGAUGCUCAGAGGGGCCCAACUGCAGAGGCAGAAGCAGCAGGAAGAGGAGAGGAAGAGGCAGGAGCAAAUCUCCAAAGAGGCUGAGGAGAGACGCAAACAGGCGGAUGAAGAGAAGCGGAGGAAAGAUACAGCAAACCUGCAAGAGUCCGAGAAACCCAUUUCUCAGCUCUGCUUAAAUGAAAAAUUUGCAGGCCUCCUGAAACAGGCGGAGAGUCGAAACCUGAAGUUGACAUUGAAGAAUGAAGGUGGUCCUGCGAGUCUCUCUGAUUCUAGGAAAUCAGUUGCCUUUGUGACCUACAGAGCUUUAUACACCUUUGAAGCUAGAAAUCAUGAUGAGAUGAGUUUCAGUGCUGGAGAUAUAAUUCAGGUUGAUGAGAAAACCGAGGGAGAGCCUGGCUGGUUAUAUGGAAGCUUCCAAGGACAUCUUGGGUGGUUUCCUUGUAAUUAUGUAGAAAAAAUACCUGAAAACGAGAAACCGCUUCCAUCUCCGAAGAAAGCCUUACUUCCCCCUACAGUAUCUCUGCCUGCUGCCUCAGUUCCGUCGGAGCCCCUUUCACCAAGUAAUCCUGCAGAUGAAUCAGAUUACCAAAAUAUGUCUUUCUCAAGCCUAAAUGUUAACAUGUGGCAGAAAAAAUCUGCCUUUACUCGUACGGUAUCCCCGGGGUCUAUUUCUCCCAUCCGUGGACAGGGGCAAUCUGUGGAGAAUUUAAAAGCCCAGGCACUCUGCUCCUGGACUGCAAAAAAAGAGAACCACUUGAAUUUCUCAAAAAGUGACAUCAUCACUGUAUUGGAGCAGCAGGAAAACUGGUGGUUUGGAGAAGUAGGCGGAGGAAGAGGAUGGUUCCCCAAAUCCUAUGUGAAGAUCUUGCCGGGGAAUGAAUUCCAAAAAGAAGAAUCAGAAGCAGUUUAUGCUGCUGUAAAUAAGAAGUCUACAGCACCGUCCUACACCCUGGGAGAAGAGUAUUUAGCGCUAUAUCCUUACACAAGUUCUGAAGCUGGUGAUUUAACUUUCACGGAAGGGGAGGAGAUCCUGGUUACCCAGAAAGAUGGAGAAUGGUGGACUGGGAGCAUCGGUGAGAGAAGCGGCAUCUUUCCUUCAAACUAUGUCAAACCAAAGGAUCAAGAUAGUUCUGCCAGUGCAAGCAAAACAGGAACGUUGAAUAAAAAACCUGAAAUCGCUCAAGUGACCACAGCCUACGCUGCCUCGGGAGCAGAGCAGCUCAGUUUGGCUCCGGGGCAACUGAUCCUCAUUUUGAAGAAGAAUUCCAGUGGGUGGUGGCAGGGAGAGCUGCAGGCAAGAGGGAAAAAGCGGCAGAAAGGAUGGUUUCCCGCCACCCAUGUGAAACUCUUGGGUCCCAGCAGUGAAAGAACCACCCCGGCUACUGUCCCAACGUGUCAGGUGAUAGCAAUGUACGACUACCUGGCCAACAAUGAAGACGAGCUGAGUUUCUCCAAAGGCCAGCUUAUUAAUGUACUGAACAAAGAUGACCCUGAUUGGUGGCAAGGGGAGAUCAAUGGCGCGUCCGGCCUCUUUCCUUCCAAUUACGUGAAGAUGACGACAGACUGUGAUCCCAGUCAGCAAUGGUGUGCCGACCUCCAGAGCCUGGACACCAUGCAGCCAAUGGAGCGGAAGAGGCAAGGCUACAUACAUGAGCUGAUUCAAACGGAAGAAAAAUACAUGGACGACCUUCAGCUUGUCGUAGAGGUUUUCCAGAAGCGAAUGGCUGAAGCCGGCUGCCUGUCAGAAGCAGAAACAGGACUGAUCUUUGUCAACUGGAAGGAGCUCAUUGUGUCCAAUACUAAGUUGCUGAAAGCGCUGCGAGUGCGUAAGAAGACUGGGGGUGAGAAGAUGCCUGUGCAGAUGAUCGGCGACAUCUUGGCUGCCGAACUGGCUCACAUGCAGGCCUACGUCCGGUUCUGCAGCUGCCAGCUCAACGGGGCAGCCCUCUUGCAGCAGAAAACAGACGAGGAGUCGGACUUCAAAGACUUUCUGAAGAAGCUGGCUUCAGACCCCCGCUGCAAAGGAAUGCCGCUCUCGAGCUUCCUGUUGAAACCCAUGCAGAGAAUCACCCGCUAUCCUCUUCUCAUAAAGAGCAUUCUGGAGAACACCCCAGAAACCCAUCCAGAUCACACAAAUCUGAAGCUGGCCCUUGAGCGUGCCGAGGAGCUGUGUUCCCAGGUCAACGAGGGAGUGCGUGAGAAGGAAAAUUCGGAUCGACUGGAGUGGAUACAAUCCCAUGUUCAGUGUGACGGACUUGCUGAGCAACUGAUUUUCAACUCCCUGACCAACUGCCUGGGCCCGCGGAAGCUUCUGCACAGUGGCAGGCUCUACAAGGCCAAGAGCAACAAGGAACUCCACGGCUUUCUCUUCAGCGACUUCCUGCUUCUCACCUACAUGGUCAAACAGUUUGUCUCCACUGGAUCUGACAAACUGUUCAGCCCCAAAUCGACGUCUCAGUUCAAAAUGUACAAAAUGCCUAUUUUUCUAAACGAAGUCCUGGUGAAAUUGCCAACUGACCCUUCUAGUGAUGAGCCGGUUUUCCACAUCUCUCACAUUGAUAGAGUGUACAUCCUAAAAACAGACAAUGUCAAUGAGAGAACUGCCUGGGUCCAGAAAAUCAAAGGCGCUUCUGAGCAGUACAUUGAAACAGAAAAGAAGAAGCAUGAGAAAGCAUACCAAGCUCGAUCACAGAAGAGUUCCGGAAUAGGCCGCUUGAUGGUCCAGGUGAUUGAAGCAACAGAAUUGAAAGCAUGUAAACCGAAUGGGAAAAGCAACCCAUACUGUGAAGUCAGCUUGGGGGCUCAGAGCUUCAGUACGAGGGUGCUGCCGGACACUUUGAACCCCAAGUGGAACUUUAACUGUCAGUUCUUCGUCAAGGAUCUUUAUCAAGAUGUCUUAUGUAUCACUGUUUUUGACCGGGAUCAGUUCUCACCUGAUGAUUUUUUGGGUCGCACUGAAGUUCCAGUAGCCAAAAUCAGAACCGAGCAAGAAAACAAGGGACCAACAACUAAACAUUUACUGCUGCAUGAGGUCCCGACGGGGGAAGUGUGGGUUCGUUUUGACCUGCAAUUGUUUGACCAGAAAACUCUCCUUUGAAAAAAGAUAAAACACUGUGUUUGUAACCCCAAAGGGACUAGCGCAGACUGGCAGACCUGCCCUUGUUACAGGGGACGACGUUGUACAAAGCAUUUUCCGCUAAGGCUUGAGCCUCAGUCCGGGCAGCAGCACCGCUUCUGUUCAUUGCCUGAUGUAAAUUAUUUCUUUACCGAUGCGUUUGGUAGUAAUCUAUGCAAUGCAGAAUGUACUGUAUAAACGAUACUGUAGCACAGUGCCUUUAGAGACAUUGAAACUGUUGAAAUGUACAUGCCAAUGCUUCCUAUUUCAGGGCUCUUUGAAGUGUUAAUUAGGAAUCUGGCAUAUUGUUUAAUGUGUUAACACUUAGAUUAAUAUAUAUAAAGAGAAAUGGUUUAUUUUGGGGCAAGCACUGUUCAGUCUCAAAGGAAGAAAAUUAUAUGCACAGUGCCCCAAUCUCAGGAUAUAAAUUAUGGGGGGGAACAUGCUGAACCCUUCGCACUUAAGGAAUCCUUAUCCUUAAAAAAAAUUGUGAAUCUAUCCUUGACUUAGUUCUUAGGAAAUCAUGAUUUCUGUCUUAUUCAGGGCUGCUAAUGAUUUUCUACUGAGACAAUGAGGUUAUAAACAGAAAUGACCUAGAGAUGUGAUUAGUUUUUAAUGCUUUUAAUCCUGUGAGUAUUUUUUGGCUAUUGUUUUAAUAUAUUUAUGAAAAAAUAUUUGGGUGGUUUUUACAGAGAAUCCCACAUUGAAGACUUGUCAUAGAAAAAGGCUCCAAGCUGGAGAAAUUAGUCACAUUUCAAUCCUACUUGUUUCAGUGGGAUUUCAGUGUCGCCCGUCUUCACUGCAUUGCAGUCAAAAUGUGCGCAUCUUCAGUCAUGUAAGCUUCUUAAUAUAUAAUUUGUCUACAGAGAUGCAGAGAGGCAUAUUGGUUUUCUAAAGCAUAUUUUAUUGUACUGCUGAGUGCAAAAGAGUACAGGAACUUAAAUUCAUGGGGGAAAUUGUCAGAAUGUAAAUUAUACUUUUUAAAAUAGGAAUUGCUCAUACAGUUUUAAGGAAUCAAAUGGGCAGGAAGCCGUCUCUUUCAUGUAAAGCCAGAGAGCCUGCCGGGGCCUCCUGUGGCUCAAAAGCUGGGCUGAAACGCCGCCUCUGGCCCGGGGGAACCGUGCUUAUUAUUGGGAACGCUGAAGAGUGGAGGAGAGGUCUUUUGCAUUCCACAAACACUCAGCCAUGGUAACGGCAUUACCAACUUGUCUUAUGAAUCAUUACCAGGCUCUUAUGUAACUUCACAUGGUGGCUGAAAAUCUCCUGAACGGAACAGCAAAGCCAGUCUGAAUGUAUCAGUGUGUUUCUAAUGCUACAUUAAAGAGUUUUCUGAGA